AUGAAGACCGCCGUCGCCCUCGCCCUCUGCCUCGUCGGCGCCGACGCCAGGAAGCCGUCGCGCGAAACGGCCCGGAGCAGAAUCGAGAAGCUGCUGGGCACCCGAGGCGGCAAGAAGACGACGAGCGCGGGCCGGCGCUUAGGGAGCCCGAAGCAGCUGGUCGACACGGCGCACCCGCUGCUGAAGGCUCGCUGGGAGGCCACCGGCAAGCUUACGCUGGCGGAUAUCGAGGCGGCGGCGGCGGCGCCCGAGUGGCGGACCGAGCGGGCCGUGCGAGGCCGGGACCGCGUCUCGCGCCUCGGGAGCAUCAAUGACGACCGGACCGCCGCCGACUGCGCGGCCUACACGGGUUCCGGAGCAGCGUGCUUUGACGGCGACCAGUCUUACUUCGACGACGACUUCACGGUGGCGCUUGCGCCGGGCGCCUGCGCCACGUGCGGCUACAGUGAUUCGGCGCCCUCGGGCGGAAGCAACGACUUCCGCGACUGCAUCACGUGCGCCGACGCCGCGUACGAACUCAUGGUCCUCUUCGGCGACUGCACUGGCGUCUGCGUCGACGCGGCCGGCAAGGCGACGCUCGAAGGGAUGGGCUUCGCGGACCUGGACGACUCGGCGUGCGAGGCGACGCGGGCGUGCUACGACGACGACGGCUUCGUCGACUCGCUGGCGCUCGGCGGCACGAACGCGAACUACAUCGGCGGCGACGGUGACGACGGUGACGACGACGGCGACGACGGGAGCUACUUGUACUCGUACCCGUACGAGUACUGGGGAAGCGGCGUGGGCUGGUGCGACUCGGAUCUCGACUACGAGAUCGGCUUCUACAGCGGCGAAGAGUGUUGGGCCCAGUGCGACGCGAUGUACGGCUCCGCCCUCGUGGCCGCCGACUGGGACGUGGAAGGCUAUUGCUACUGCCAGAACGACUGCAGAUGCAUGAACGACGUGGGGGAUCCAGGGGUGUUCCUGGCGACGCAGGGAUCGAUCGCGGAGCUCCCGGGACCGUGCUCGUACGACUAUUCAUACUCGUACUCGUACCACGAGUUCCUGCUCUGCCCCGACUUAGAGAGCGCUUACGUGACGUGCCUGGAGACGGCAGCCCAAAAUGGGGUUGACGCGUCGGCCGGCGGAUGGUCGUGCUGUGCGGCGGAUGCCAGUUUCCCGACCACCUGCGCCGGCAUGCAAACGUACUACGAGUUCCAGGACGCCUGCGGCGAUCCGCCCGCGGCGUGCGCGGCGGAAUGGCACACCUACGUCGAGUGCGUGUACGCGACAGCCCUCGACGCGAUAAAUGAUGAUCUAACUGGCGCGGCUCCGCUGAACUGCGACCUCAACUGCACGGCGACGUACUAUUCAUACUCCUACUCGGGCGCGUGCACCGAGAACUGCAUCGCGUGCGACGGCCCGGGAUACGAGGACUGCCUGGAGUGCGAGAGCGGCUACGCGCACUACGACGCGGACGGCGACGGCGGGGGCUCGUGCUGGCCCGAGUGUCGCGGGCAGACAGCGUGCUAUGCCGACGGCAGCCCAUGCGCAACGGGCGAGUUUUGCAACUUUGACGGCGGUAGCUCCGGAGCGGGGAAUGCUUGUGAGCAAUGCUCGUCCUUCAGCGAGUCUGUCGCCUGCUACAAUGAUGGUCUGCCAGACGACGGCGCGGUAGAUUGCCACGCGUGCUGCUUCGGAGGUGAACCAUUAUACUCGCACUUGUAUAAUGAACCGGCCUACUCGUUCUCGUACACGUGCUCCGAUGAUGCUACUACUUGGUCUGAUUGUCUCAAGGCGUCGGCCCUCACGUACGACGACGACUUUUUCCAGUUCGACUCCUCGUCGUACGCCUACUCGUACGGUCCACCCACGACCUGCGACGAAGCACAGCAGCACCCCUUUUUCGUCGAGCAUUGCGCCUAUUCGCCCCCGGAGUGCCAGUCAGAGUACUGGUCGUACGUCGAAUGUCUUUUUGAGUACCAGCUGCUGAGCGAUCUGAACAUCGCCGGGUGCGACCUCGAUUGCGCGAGCGCCCCGCAACCGACGCGCGCGCCCACACUAGCACCGUCGCUCACGCCGACGGCGCAGCCGACAACGCCAAGGCCGACGCCCAAGCCGACGCCGGCGCCGAGCGUCACGCCCGGGAACCCGACGGCGAUGCCGGUCCCCGCGCCGACGCCGGCGCCGAGCGUCACGCCCGGGAACCCGACGGCGAUGCCGGUCAGCGGUUCGCCCGCGGUGUACACCUUUCAGGCGGGCCACUGCUAUCCUGGGUCAGAAGCACCGUUUAUCAACACGGGCGGGUCUAUGGGCAGCGACCUCGCGGAAACAGGAACGCCCCAAGAAUGCUACGCUUACUGCGUGGGCAAUUCCGGUUAUAUGGGUCUCGAUUUGGAGCCCUUGGAUAGUUACAGCUCCUCAGGCCACAGGUGUAUGUGUACUCGCCCGGGUGGACAGACAAGUUUCCGGUCUCGUCUCAAGCGAAGUGAGACCAAGGUUCGAUUCGCGCGCAGGCAAACUCGCCGCGGGCGACUACAACGCUGGCUGGAUGGCGUGUAAGAGGCCCGUCGGGAAUUCGGUGGCGAUCGAAGACAUGGACUGGUCCUGGAUGGGCGAAUCAUAUGUCUGCUUCACGGAGACGUUCGACGCCGACGCCGAGCUUUCGAAUUUCUGCAACGACGACGACGACUACAGCUACUCCUACGGCGGCGUCCCGGACGACGCCGUCCUCUGCCCCGGGCUCCCCGCGGCCGACUACUGCGACUGCGGCGGCGACUGCACCGGCCAACCCGGCUGGUGCAACUGCACGGAGGCCUUGGAGUGCUGCGGACUGUCACAAGCGCCCUACUCGUACUCGUACCUUCCGGCGUACUCGUACCUUCCGUGCCCCGACGAACUGGAGGAUUUUACGGACUGCCUCUCGUCUACGCCCGGUUUCACGGCUGACGACGACUUCUUCACUGACAACGACUACAGCUUCUCCUUCGGCGGCGAUGCUUUGUGCGACCCUUCCUCAUGGCCCGACUUGGACUGGUACGACGGCGGCGGCGUUUGCGGUGCGUGCAAGGCGCUCGUAAAUUGGGAAAUGUAUGGUUCUACGUGCGGCGGGUACUGCUCCGGCAUUGGCCUCACUUGCAUCGACGGUUGGGAGGAGUUUUCGGAUGAUUCAUGUACCGUGGACUAUCACCUCGGAUGCGACGGAUCGGUCAGCACGAGCGACGCGAUCUGUGAGUGCAGUAGCAGUGGCAGCAGCAGCGGCGGCAGCGACGACUUUUCGCCGGAGACAUGCGACGACGUCCAGCAGUGGCUCUCAAACGGACAGUGCGCCAACGGGCCCGCCGUAUGUCAGACGGAAUAUCAGGCGUACUUCGAGUGCAUUUACGAGGACUUGGCCCUGAGCGCACUCGGCCUCGCGUGCGAUUUCACCUGCGCGCUCCCGGCGCCAGAGCCGACGACGCCCGCGCCAAGCGUCGAUGGUGAGGGUACUCUGCGCCUCGUCGACGGCACGAGCGCCUACGAAGGCCGGGUCGAGAUCUUGCACAAUAAUGAGUGGGGUACGGUGUGCGACGAUGACUGGGAUCUUCAGGAUGCCACCGUGGUCUGCGAGCAGCUCUUCGGGACGGACGCCUUGGAAGCCAAGACAUCUGCUUUCUUUGGACAGGGCAGCGGCACGAUAUGGAUGGACGCCGUUUCCUGCGCCGGCGACGAGGCGGUGCUCUCCGAGUGCUCUUUCGACGGCUGGGGCAAUCACGACUGCGGCCAUAACGAGGACGCCGGUGUCGUCUGCAGCACGUGCUUUCCGACGUGCUUUGGAGAAACCUGCGACCACUGGACCACGCAUGGCGACAGCUGUUCGACGCUGGAAGGUACUUAUGACUGCGACUGCUCGGGUUGUGCAUGUGCUGCUCCGCCGACGCCGACGCCGACGCCGAGGCCAACACCCUGCGCUGGGUGCGACCAGACGCUUGUGCUGUUCCUGACGACGGACUAUUACCCGGGCGAGAUCAGCUGGACUGUGAGCACCCAGUCGUCUGCUUGUGCAAGCGUGACGGCGUCAGGAGGGUCGUACAGUAGUCAACACACGCUGUACGAGAUCGUGGUCGCCACGGACUUCUGUGCGAGCGAGAACUACAUGUUCGAGAUAUUAGACUCGUAUGGCGACGGUCUCUGCUGUGGUGGUGGGUCCUGUUCUUGCACUGGUGGUGGGUCCUAUUACCUAGAGCUGAACGGCGUCCAGAUCUACAGUUCGAAUGGUGCCUAUGGCUCUGGCGAGACCUUUUAUUUCACCGCAAAUAUUUCUCCUGCGCCGACGCCGGAGCCCUCGCUGCGCCCAACGCCGAGGCCGACGCCGACCCCAACAACGCCGAGGCCGACGCCGACUCCGACACCGAAACCCACGCCGGUGCCGACAGAAGCUCCGGUCGUCGCCGGUUCCCUCACGCUGUCCGGCAUCUCGGUCGCCGAAGCCAGCGGAGAAGAAUCCAAGGCCGUUCUCCAGGGCGCCAUCGCCGACGUCGCGGGCGUGUCGAAGGGCGACGUAACGAUCCUGGGCGUGGCGGCGGCGCGCCGCCGCCGACUCCAGACCGGCGUCGUCGUCGACUACAAGAUCCAGUUGACGGACCACGAGGCGUCGGAGGAUGCCGCCGCCAACCUCGCGAGCGCCAGUCCCGCGGAUGUUGAUGAGGCGAUCGACGACGCCGCGAAGAAGGCGUCCACAAGGGCCGUGUUCGCGGGCGUCGCCACCACAUCGCUGACGUCCACCGUCGUCGCCGCGACCGACGCCCCGACCGCCGCGCCGACGACGUGGUGGGACAACAAGAAGAAGCGGAAGGAUGCCAUGCCGGUAAUCAUCGGCAUCGUCGUGGGCUGUGUCGUCGGGUUUUGCUGCUGCAUCGCGGGCUUGUGCCUCUGCGUCGCGAGGUGGCAGAAGAAGCAGAAGCAGAAGCCCCGCAAGCCUCCCACGCCGCCCCUGGUCGGCGACGCACAGCCACCGACGCCGCCGCCGCCGACGCCACCGCCGGCGCUGGCGGCGAUCCCUCAGAAGCGAGGCUGGUACCCCUCGCCGUCGGCGCCGCCCCCGGCCCUGGCGCCCAUCAAGGCCCAAGCCGCCGGGUGGUCGACCGAGGAGCCGCCGCCGCCGCCGCCAGCCGUCCCUGUCGCGGAGGCGGUGUCCGAGGGCUGGGGCGCGCGCGGGCUGCGGCGCCUCGCGUCCUGGCGGUCGUCGCCGAGGGAGGGCGCCGAGAGUGCACCGGAACCGGAACCGGAACCAGAACCGGAAGCCUGAAGAAAAUUCCCCCCCCCCAAAUUCACGAAAAGAAAAACAAAUUCGCGAUCUCCUCACGACGGACGCCCGCGGCCUCAAGUUUCCCGCCUGGUGCAGUCCCUUCCCUCUCGCUCGUCCGGUGCUCCAUGAUGCGAGACCUCCCCUCCUCUACUGCCGUGUUCACAGACACGAGCGCAUUACUAAAAAUCAAACUCUGACUCGGGGGCCCUUUAAC